AUGGAAAAGAAGCCGACAGGGACUUUUAGGCAAUAUGCACAAAGAUGGAAGUAUAUCUCGGCUCAGGUGGAACCUCUGCUAACUAAGACGGAGAUAACGGUCCUCUUCAUCAACACUCUGAAAGCGCCAUUUUAUGAUAAGUUGGUAGGGAGCGCCACAAAGGACUUUGCAAAUAUUGUAAUAUCUGGGGAGCUUAUUGAAAAUGCCGUCAAGAGUGGGAGAAUAGAAGGUCCCGAGAGUCCAUACAGGGCAGUAACCGUGAAGAAAAAGGAGGCAGAAACUCAUAUGAGAAUUAUACCCGAAGCUAUUGGAAAAGCAAUUAAUAUCCCCACAUUAUAUGGUACCCCUGAAGCCCCCAUACCCGAAGUGGGACACUCUACAGAAAAUUGUUUGGCCUUUAAAAAGAGUGUUCAAGGUCUCAUCGAUGCUGGCAUUUUGCGAUUCGAUGGUGUUAGCAAUGUGACAGGAAAUCCUAUUCCUAACCAUACUAGUGGGAAUGUAAAUGCGGUGACAAAUGAAGAUGAUUGGCAAGCCAAAGGUUAUGUUGCCAAAGUAAGGACACAUUUGCGGAAGGUAUGGGAGAUGAUGAUUGAAAAUGGAUUGCUCUGCCCGUCUAAUAAAAUUCUCAAAGAAGAAAGUACAAAAGACCAAGGUUUUUGUGAUUUUCAUGCCGUCGAAGGGCAUGACAUCCAAUCUUGUAAGGAAUUUAGAAAACUACUUCAGGACACGAUGGAUAACAAGGAGAUCAAAGUCUUUGAUAGGAUGGAGGGGGCCGAGGAAGGAGAAAUAUGUGCCUCUGAUAAUCAAUCAAUAGCUUUCCCUUAUAGCGUUGAUAAACCUUUGGUGAUUUAUUACGAGGCAAAGAAGGAAGGGGUUAGUCGAGAAGUUAAACCAAGUUUGAUAAUUGAAGUACCUGCUCAUUUCCCUUACAAGGAUAACAAGGCAGUACCAUGGAAUUAUGAUGUCAAUAUCGUUGUACCUGAGGGUGAAAAGCCCAAGGUUAUGAGUGAAGGUGUCAGCAGAGUAGGACACUUUACUCGCAGCGGAAGGUGUUAUUCUCCCGAGACAGUUGAACCAAAGAAGAAAGUUACUAACCCGAGCCGAAAAGGAAAAGCCCCAAUGUAUGAGAUUAAGGCCGGUGUUGAGAUACCAUCCGAACAAGAAGUUAAAAAGCCUGUGAAUGAUGAGGAAGCACAUGAAUUCUUUAAGUUUAUUAAGUACAGCGAAUAUAAUGUUGUGGAGCAAUUACACAAGCAGUCGGCGCGAAUCUCAGUACUGUCUCUAUUGUUGAACUCGGAGCCACAUCGAAACACCUUGUUAAAAGUGUUAAAUCAAGCUUACGUGGCAAAUAAUGUAUCUGUAGAAAAGAUUGAUUGGUGGAUGAAUAAUCUGAAUGCGGAUAAUUUUAUCUCUUUUAGUGAUGACGAAAUACCGUCGAAUGGUAGGGGCUUUGUAAAAGCGUUGCACAUCACAACCAGUUGUAAGGGCUACAUAGUACCAAAUGUGCUCAUCGACAAUGGUGAAGGCAUUCGAUGGGACACGACGAGGGUCAUGGGAAAGAUCCAAAUUCCUCUAGAGGUGGGCCCAUGUGCAUAUGAUAUCAAGUUCCAGGUCAUAGACAUCACACCUUCAGACAAUUGCCUUUUAGGGAGGCCUUGGAUCCAUUCUGCUGGGGCAGUUCCUUCAUCUUUCCAUCAGAAAGUGAAGUUUAUCAUGGAUAGCCGCUUGAUUACCGUCGCUGGUGAUGAACACAUCGUCGUAUCUAUCUCUUCUGAUGCACCCUACAUCGAAGUAAGCGAAGAUGUUGUGGAAUGUUCUUUUCGUUCCUUUGAAUUUAUCAAUGCUACAUUUGUUGCUAAAGGGAAUAAGAUCCCUACGCCCAAGCUGUCGAGGAAUACCAAGAUGGGAAUUAAGCUGACUGUGGGAAAAGGAGCACGAGCGAACAAAGGUUUGGGGAAAUAUCAGGAAGGGAUGAUUAGAGCUUUGAAACCAAUGCACCACCAGGGUCGAUGCGGUUUGGGUUUCAAGCCAGAUAUACGUCAAAGAAGAAAGCAAUUACAGAAAAAUCAAGAAAGAAAAAUUGCAAGAGCCUUAGGUCGGGAAUUGGAAUGGGAGCCGAUGGCGUAUCCUCCUUUGUCAGAAAUAUUUACAUCAGCAGGAGUGAUGUACCCACGGCAAGACAAUCCACAAGUCACAUUAUUGAUUGAAAAGUCUCUUCAGAAUCUUAGCCUAAAUGUUAUUGACAAUGAGGAUGGUGCAAUUGAGAAUUCUUCAAUGAUACGCCCUUGUCCUCCUAGAUUUUCUUUGAACAACUGGACUGCUGUGGAUCGUCUUGUAGUUUUUAAGUCCCCUUCAGAGUGCUUAGAUAUCAUUGGCAUGAACAAUCCCGUUACGAAUCCUGAAAUCGAUUUCGAGAAGGCUGUUUGUUUAGGAGAAUAUGAAGCUGACGAAAAUGUUGAAGAUUGUGUCUCGUCUCCUGACUUACUGAGAAUGGUAGAACAAGAAGAGAAACAGAUCCUACCCCAUCAAAAAUAUGUUGAGGUAGUGAACUUGGGGAGUGAAGAAAAGAAACAAGAAGUGAAGAUUGGGACUUCCAUUUCAGAAAACACCAAGCGGGAUUUAAUCGCCUUGCUCCAUGAGUACAAAGAUGUGUUUGCCUGGUCUUUUCAGGAUAUGCCAGGGUUGAAUACAGAUAUUGUGGUCCAUAAGCUCCCACUGAAACCAGAAUGCAAACCUGUUCAACAAAAGCUAAGAAGGAUGAGACCCGAAAUGCUGUUGAAGAUAAAAGAAGAAAUCAAUAAACAAUUUGACGCUGGCUUCCUACAAGUCUCCAAAUAUCCAGAGUGGGUAGCUAACAUAGUCCCAGUACCGAAGAAGGAUGGCAAGGUGCGAAUGUGCGUGGAUUAUCGUUAUAAUCAGAUAAAGAUGGCUCCCGAAGAUAUGGAGAAAACUACAUUCAUAACAAUGUGGGGAACCUUCUGCUAUAAGUACAUGAUGGAGUCACCUGCACUCUCAGGAAGAAUGGCACGAUGGCAGAUCCUACAGACUGAGUAUGACAUCACAUAUGUGAACCAAAAGUUGAUAAAGGGAAGCGUGAUAGCUGACUUCUUAGCAAGUCGAACAAUGGAGGAAUAUGAGCCUUUGAGACUUGAUUUCCCAGAUGAAAACUUGAUGUGCAUUUUAGAAAAAGGGGGUCAGUCGUCAAAAGAGAAAUCAUGA